AUGGAAACCAAUGCUCCUGAAGCUGUUAAGAAUCGCUUGUAUGAAGAUUUUGAGCCUUACUGCAAAUGGCUUACACAGAAAGGACAAGCUAUUAUUGAGAUUAGUUUGAAGGGUUUCAAAAAGGAGCAACUUAAGGUUGAAGCCGGCAACUGGGGGACCCUAAAAGUUUAUGGAGAAAGGCUUGUGGAUGCAACCAACAACAAAUGGAGCCGUUUUGAGAAAGAAAUUAAGAUCUCAAUAGGUUGUGAUACGAGUGCAAUUCGUGCAAAGUUUUCUCAUGGCGUUCUCUUCAUUGCCAUACCUAAAGAAGCAGUGAUGGAGCAUCUCAUUUGCAGGGCAGAAACCAGAAAGAGAACAACAGCCAUUAAAGUGGCAAUUGCGGUGGUGUUUGUGGUGGCACUUGCGACUUACAUUGCUCGAAUAGUAAAUAAUGAUGCAAUAAUUAAGUUGAUUAACUAA